AGCAUAUGAUAAGUGGGCAUCGAAGAGCCGUCCCUCAUUGCAGUGUAAGCGACCGGGGCAUCACUACACGCAUUACGCAGACGACAGAUUCUUUCCUAUUUUUUUGAAAAAUGAGUCGUGUUAACCUUGACGAACCGCGAUGGGACCAGAGCACGUAUGAGGGUCGUGCUCGCCAUUUCUUCACUACGACGAAUCCGAUGAAUCUGCUGUGUACUCCUGCACAGCUGGAGAACGCCAGAGAUGUUGUGACGAGAUAUAGGAAAGGCGAAGAUUUGAAAUUGUCCGAGGAUGAGCUGUGGCAGGCGAAGAACAUAUAUGACUCGGCUUUUCAUCCCGACACGGGAGAGAAGAUGCUCCUCAUUGGCCGAAUGUCAGCUCAGGUCCCCAUGAACAUGACCAUAACGGGUUGCAUGCUCACCUUCUAUAAGACGACUCCGGCUGUUGUGUUUUGGCAGUGGAUUAACCAGUCUUUCAACGCUGUCGUCAACUACACCAACCGUUCUGGAGACUCCCCAAUCAGUGUGCAACAACUGGGAACCUCCUAUGUAAUGGCCACGACUGGUGCCUUGGUUACUGCCUUAGGUCUCAAUAGUUUAGUCAAGUCGUUGCCACCUCUGAUUGGUCGACUUGUCCCCUUCACAGCUGUCGCGGCCGCCAACUGCGUCAAUAUCCCUAUGAUGAGAAUGAAAGAGUGGAGGGACAAUGGCGUGGUCCUCCUUGAUAAAGACAACAACGCCAUUGGUACUAGUAAGGUUGCAGCAAAGUGGGGGGUGGCUAUGGUGACCAUCUCCAGGAUCAUGAUGGCUGUGCCCAGUUGUGUCUUGCCGCCCAUCCUGAUGAAUGUGCUUGAGAAGCGGGGAACUCUAAAGAGAAUGCCCUGGAUCUCGGCUCCUCUCCAGGUGGCUCUUUGUGGCUUGUGUUUGACCUUUGCCACACCUGCCUGCUGUGCGCUCUUCCCCCAGAAGGCCUCGAUUGCGGUGUCGAGUCUGGAGCCGGAAGUUCAGGAAAAGAUUCGAGCACUACCUGAUGCACCAGAUGUGGUGUACUACAACAAAGGACUGUAAAUCAGCACUCUGUGGUAGUAGUAGAUGUUUAAUUGCGUGAAAAUGUACUCCGGUGAUACAAAACGCAGAAAUCACAAUAUGGUGUAAAGGUUGAAAUAGAUAUAUUUGGAUGUAAUGAUAUUUCUCUCACUCUGUCACAUAACUGUGCACAUUACACCUGCAUAACACCCACAUGUGAAACCCAUAUGUAACACUCACAAACAAUGUACAGACACAUGCAAACUCAAGAGACCCGGAUGCAGCCACACAAACAUAGACACAUAAAUAAAUGCACACAGCAGGUGUGCAUACAGUCAGAUGCGCAUAUAGUCAGAUGUGCAGACAGUCACAUACGCACACAGUCGGAUGUGCAUACAAACAGAUGUAUGCACACAGACGGACAGAUAUAGAGACAGACAGCCAGAUGUGCAUGCGUACACACACACACACACACACACACACACACACACACACACACACACACACACACACACACACACACACACACACACACACACACACACACACACACACACACACACACACACACACACACACACAUUUUAGAUCAAGUGUACAUACUUUACCUAAUGAUGAAACUGAAUCAUUUCUCAGUUGUAGUUAUUUAUGUUAUGUUAUUUGUUGCCAGAAGAUCUUAUGGUCUUAAACCUCAGAAAAGAUUUACGAGAAUAUUUAUCCUUUUGUUGUGCCAUAAACAACAGUGUGCCAUGAAAGACCAUUUUUUAAUGAUAUAUAUUUUGCUUUUGUUACCUAUUGUAGUUGUUUUAACCAUUUGCUCAAGAAAGGUAAUUGGUCACACUGAAAGAAAAAUAAUGAGUAAUCCCACGUUGGAAAGACAAUGCCAGAAUAUUUUGUAUAACUAGCAGCAUCAAGCAUGUUACCUCAGGAAGAUUUUAUUUGUUAUUAUUUUUUGUUUUGGGGUUGGUAUAACAUU